AAAAAAUUUAAAAAAAAACUAAAAAUAAAAACAAAGUGUUAGUGUGCUGCUUUAUUUUAAAUGGCUGUAUUUACUUUCUCAUUUUUAAUUAAUGAUUACCGGUAAUAUACAAACUGUCUAUUAAAACAAACAAAUCUCUACACGUAUGCAAGGCACACGUAAUAUGGACUAAUUGGAAACAGUGUUGUUCAUCAUGAAAAUUACACUUGGUUCAAUAGGUUUUCUAUUAGCUGAGCAGUUUUAAAAUAUAUUUGUUAACCAUGGUGAUGGUAACGGAGGAUGAGAGUCCUCGGGGCGGCGGCGCUCGUACUCACGAGUCUGGCGAGGAGGCACGAGAGAGCGAUACGCCGACAUUGCACGAGAGGCUGGUAGCAUACGUGCAUGCCCUCGAUUUCAGUAAUGAUGCGCGGUCCGGCGUGUGGGGCGAGCACUCGUAUGCGCGCGUGCGGUCCGGGGCCGCCGCGGGCGCCGUGCGGGUGCUGCUCGCGCCGCCGGAACGCGGGCCCGCGCCCGCCCUCCUCGACGUCGAGAGCGUCGACCGCGCGCCCGUCGCGCCCGGGGAGGACGAUCCCCCCGAUCCGCCGUUCGGCUCCGAGUCGGACUCGGCCGGCGACGACGACGACGACGAAGACUGGGAGGCGCGCGUCGCGAGCGGCGCCCCGCACGCGGAUCACGCGCGGCUGGCGGCCGACGCGAUCGAGGCGCUGCGCCGGGUGCGGCUCGCGCGGCUGGCGCGCGGCCGGCGGGACGAGCGGGCGGCCAUCGCGGCGGAGGCGGCGCGGCUGCGGCGGGCGCUGGCGCCGCUCUGGCUGUGGGCGGGCGCGGGCGCGGCGGAGGCGAGGCCCGGCCCCUGGCUGCACGCCACGCUCGAGGCGUACGCGCCGGUGUCGGUGCGGCGAUCGUACGCGCGCCUCGUGGCGGAGCUAAGGCGCGCGGCGCCGCGACUGGCGGAGCGGCUCACGGGCGUGGGCGGGGAGGUGGGGCGCGCGCCGGCCCCGCCGCGGGUGGGGGCCGCGGCGCCGGGCCCGUGGGUGGCGUGGGCGGGCGGCGGCCGGUGGGCGGGGGCGGGGGCGCUGGGCGGGCGGGUGCACGUGCGGGCGCUGGGCGGGGAGGGCGCGCCCACGGCGGCGCCCGACGUCUGGUGCGCGGCCGUCGCCGGCUCCGUGCGCGCCGCCUUCGCGGACGUCCUCGCGGAAGCCGGGGAUCGUCCGGUGAUAGUGGGCGGGUGCGGGUGGGGUGCGAGCGUGGCGCGGGCCCUGUCGAGCGGCAGCGGGGCGGGGAAGAACGUACGCGGCGCGCUGCUCCUGGGGCCCGCGCUGCUGACGGCCGAGGGCUCGCGGGAGCCCCCCGCGCCCCGCGACCACACGCGCGUCCUCAUGGUGGUGGGGGAGCGGGCGCCGCACUCGGGCCGCGCGCGCGCCUGCGCCGACCUGCUGCCCGGCGUCACCGGCACCGGCGGCGGCGCCGCGCCCGCGCGGGUGCUGGUGGUGGCGGGCGCGGACGACCAGCUGCGGCUGCCGGCGCUGACGCUGCGCCGGAAGGGACUCACGCAGCGCGCACUCGACGCCGCCAUCGUGGAGGAGUGCGUGCGCUGGAUCCACGACGCCUGCGACGCUUGCGACGCGCCCGAGCCCUCCGCGCAUACUCACACCGACCUACACGCCGACACCUUCAUAUCCACCAUCGGCGCGGACUCGUCUGAGGAGGAGUACUUACACCUGCCGCCCGCCCUCCCCGCGCCGCACACUCCCGCGCCCGCGCCGCCCAGCGGGACUCAUCGCUCGAUAGAGAUAGUGGAGGGUCGCGUAGUGUCCCGCGGGGCGGUCACGUUGAUACCGCCGCGUCGCGCCGAUCCCGCGCCGCAUGUCGCACCGCACGCCGCACCGCACGUGGCGCCGCACGCCGCCCCGCUCGCCGCCGCGGACAUCAUGGACAUGCCCAUCGUAUUCGCGGACGACGACCCCGCCCCCCCUCCCCCUCCCCCUCCCCCUCCCGCGCCCGACGCUAACGGCGUCAGCGGGGGUGGGGACGGGGACGUGACCGUCACUAGCGGGGCGCCCUUGAAGUACACGCGCAGUCGGGCGGGGCGCGUGCGCGGCGGCUCGCGGUCGACGGACGGCAGCGGGCGGUCGACGGACGGCAGCGGGCGGGUGGCGGGCGGCAGUAACCGCGCCGCGCCCGCCUCGGCUCCGCGUCCACUGUGUCUGCGACCAGGACAUGACCGACCGAAUCCUCGCCGCACCAAACAAAUAGGAUUACAGCACGAGCUGCGAGCUGCGGCUAGUCGCGAGGCCGCGGGACGGGGGGCGGCCGUUUCCGAUGCACGGCCGGGCGAUUAG